AUGGUGCCGACGAGUGUUAUUUACGCAGCUGUACCUAUUUCGGUAGUAGUUGCAUUAGGUUUAAUUCGCAAGUGGCGAUCUAGAAAAUGGGCGAAGUGUACGAGCAAUACAUGUUUGAGGGGCAAAACUUUUCUCAUUACUGGAGCAAACAGUGGAAUAGGCUUAGAAACAGCGAAGGCUCUAGUUAAAAGAAAGGCGCGAGUAAUAUUUGCUUGUAGGGAUAUUGAAAGUGCAAAAGAAGCGAUCGCUGUAAUAAGAAAAGAACAACCAACAGGCGGUGAACUGAUUCCUAUGCACUUAGACCUGGCAUCAUUUGAUUCUAUAGAAAAGUUUGCUACAGUUGUUAAAGCUGGUUUUUACAAAAUAGAUGUGUUAAUAAACAAUGCUGGUGUGUCUAUUCCAAUAAAACUGGACCAAAAAACCAAGGAAGGUUUUGAAAUUCAUCUAGGUGUAAAUCAUUUAGGACAUUUCUAUCUCACUAAUUUACUUCUAGAUCAACUUAAAAAGGCUUCACCAAGCAGAAUUGUUAUUGUAUCAUCAACUCUUCAUGAGCGGGGAAAAAUAAACUUCAAUGAUUUAAACCUUAGAGCAGAAAUUGAAGAUGCUAAAAAAGGCAAAGCUGGCCGUAUGAAUCCUGGAUAUUGUAAUUCAAAAUUGAUGAAUGCAUAUUUUGCAAGAGGAUUAGCUGCGAAAUUGAGAGACGAAGGAGUUGAUAUAUACACAUGUUGCCCUGGUUUCUGUUAUACUAAUUUAUUCAGGUAUUUUGCAAGAUGGUACCAUUACAUUUUGAUGGCUCCCAUCGCCUUUCUCUUCAUGAGGUCCGCUAAGCAAGGUUCAGAGACAGUGGUAUAUUGCGCCUCCGAUUACAAUAUCGAAGGUCAAACAGGUAAGUUCUACCGCGAUUGCCAAGAAUACGUGUCAAAAUAUCCAUUCAACAAGGAAGAAGAAAAUAGAUUAUGGGAAAUCAGCGAAGAAAUGAUCAAGAAUAGGGGACCUUUACAGAAU